ACAAACUUACGUGCCAAAGAUUGUCAACUAUUUAGCAAGGAGAACAUUGCUCAGCUUAAAGCCAAAGCUAAUUCUGAAUAUGGAAAUAAUAUAGUUUGUAUCUCUUCAUUACAAGCUCUUUUGGCUCAUCUCUGGCAAUCUGUUAUACGUUGUCGUUUCAGUACCAAUGCUGCUGAAAUUACUUAUAGGAGCUGCAUUUACCUCAAGGAUAUUUUGGAAAUGCCUUGCAUCUUGUCAACGUCACAACCACCGCUAAGGAGAUAUUGGAGCAUGAUUAGGUACGUCAGAUUUGAGUGACCGUCUGAGUAGUAACUUGAAAUGAAAAUACUAAAUUUGAAUUCAGGUUGGGUUGCUUUGCAAAUGAAUAAGGUGAUAUCCACGCAAACUCAUGAAGAGGUUAUGAAUUUUUACCAAAGUUGGGUGAAGAAAUCGAAGAUGUUGAAAAAGAGUGGAGUGUUUGCUAAUAGCUUGAUAGCUAGCAGCUCGCCCCGGUUCAAUGUAUACAACAAUGAUUUUGGAUGGGGGAGACCUGUUGCAGUGAGAAGUGGUGCUGGAAACAAACAUGAAGGGAUAAUAACAAUAUUUUGUGGUGCAGAAGAAGGAAGUAUGGACAUUCAACCUCAAACUUUGCGUGCCAUGGGACAAGAUACUAAAUUCAUGGCAGCUGUUACUAAAAUUCAUGACAUCGUUUAAGCUAAUUACUUUAUUAUUAUUAUUGUUAGGGAUAAAGGUCUCAAAAAUAUCUCAACUUUGGUAGAAUUUGUUGCUUCAAUACUAAGCUUUUAUGAGGACCUAUUAUUUUUCUGAACUAUUUAAUAAUGUACUUUUUAUCCCCAACUAUUUAAUAGUGUAUUUUAAAAGUA